UGCAUGCCCAGCUGCAAUAUUAUUGUUCACUUGAUUUAGAGUUUUCUUUCUCAUAUAUUCUUCCUCCUCUUCUUCUUCUUCCUCCUCCUUCUUCUUCUUCUUCUGUGAUUGAUCUUUCCUUCUAUCCAUCCAUCCAUUGCCAUGGAGCUCAAAGCUGGCAUCCUUUCCAUCUUCCUUCUCUUUCUCCUCCUGGCCUCGCCUUGCCUUCCGGAUGAUUCUGGGAUUUAUGAUAUUGAUUAUAGAGGGCCGGAGACUCAUUCGUACAUUCCUCCACCAAAUCGAUCUGGAGGCAAGCAUCAUUCAAUUCCUCGCCUAAGCAGUCUGAAACAUCGCAAAUCUAGAGCUGGAAAAGGAGCAAAAGGUAAAAGGAUUCGUGGAUAGAGAAGGUUUUGGUGAUGAUGAUGAUUAAUUGUAUUAGUCUAGUCAGGUCGGGUGAGCUACUUAAUUACUGCUAGUUACUGCGUGCUUCAAGUGUAUUAGUUCUUUGUGAGUAGUAGAGACAUUAAUUCUUUGUAAAUUGAGAUUCUGAGGCUUGGACUUGUUUGGCUGCAGCUUGAAUUGUUGUGGUUUGGUAUGUUACCAAAAGCUGUUCCAUACAUAUAUAUAUAUAUAAUAUAUAUAUGCCUAUAUAGCAUUGUUGUUUGUGUAGAAGAA